AAUUAUACUAAUAGUGUCACAUCCAAAAAUUACUAAACACAAAUGUUACCAUUUCUAUAACAACUUUUAGAAUGUUUCCAUCGAAAAUUAAUUAAUGACACUCGCCAAUUAUAAUCUAUACACACUAAGAAGUACAUAUCCAUGAUAAAUAUUUAGCUAUAUAUAGCUUCAUAUUUAUAUAUUACUGAUUAUAACUAACUUCUCAUCAAAAGAAACCUCUCUAGGCUCAAUUUGUUGUCCAAAACUUUUAUAUAUUAUAAUGUACUCUGCACCACAAGUACUGGCUGUUGAUUCAAAGAUCUAUGGAGGUGGUGAUCAUCAAGGUUGUGGAAAUCCAACAGCUACAUCAAUUGCAGCUUCAGGAUUUCCGAGCCCAUGUUUACCCGCCAUGCAGUUUCCGAUCACACCCGCCGCCGCGGAUGAUCGGACAGGAUGGACUACACGUCUGUCCUAUUGUUUUGAUGAUCCUGCAAAUUGUGUGAUUACUUGCUUCUGCCCUUGCAUCACAUUUGGACAGAUUGCUGAGAUUGUGAAUAGAGGUUCCACAAGUUGUGUAGAAAAUGCGUUACUUUAUGGAGUAGUUAGUAUGAGUGGGCUAGGGUGUUUGUACUCGUGCUUGUAUCGUUCGAGGUUGAGAGUUCAAUAUGACUUGGAAGAGGAGCCUUGCUCCGAUUGCCUUGUUCACUUCUGCUGCGAGACUUGUGCUCUUUGUCAAGAGUAUAGGGAGCUCAACAAUCGUGGCUUCGACAUGGGAAUAGGUUGGGAGGCGAACAUGGACAGACAACGACGUGGAGUAAGUAUGGGAGCUCCAAUGACUCCGCCACCCAUGACAAGAUAAAUUAAAACUGUCCCUUUCACUCGAAUUAAUUAUAUAAGGUCUUUGAUCAGUUUUCUGAAGUUGAUAUCGAUUCCCAAAGUUUUAGACAAGCCAUAAUAUUAUAUAUAUGAUAGAUUUUUGAUUAUUGAAAUCUAUAAGAAAACGUAGUUCAAAUUCACAGUUGAAGUGGAUUAGCUAGUGGUGUUAAUUCACAGCUUAGGAAUAAGCCCCGGCCGUCUUGGUUAUUUGCUUAUCUUUUUGUUGUUGUUGUUGUUGUUUAUUGUUACGGCCGACCUCGUCUACUUUGGCUCAAAAAUCUUGUCUGUUUUAUUCCUUACAAUCUAAUAUCUUAAUUUGUAUUGUUGGCUCAAAAAUUAAAAAGAAAAAACAUGAACAAAAGUAUAUUUAUUAAAUACUUUUUCAGUGGAU